CGCCUCAUUAUAAGGUAAGAGUUUCCAGCCCUAAGAGGUACCUUAUAAUGAUGUUUGACUGUAAAAAACAGAGAGAAAAAAUAUUUUUGCAAAUAAUUAACAGGUUUAAUUCACACGGUACACGCUGUGCAGGUGAAAUUUCUGCAGCUAGAGAUAAUGGAGUUUGCGGGGUCGGUGUUGCUUAUGACAGUAAAGUUGCCGGUAUACGAAUGCUUGACCAGCCAUACAUGACUGAUUUAAUAGAGGCUAACUCUAUGGGACACGAACCAAACAAAAUACACAUUUACUCUGCAAGUUGGGGACCGACAGAUGAUGGAAAGACUGUUGAUGGACCGAGAAAUGCUACAAUGCGGUGA